AUGAGUUCACUAAUGCAUCGGAGUAACAUCAAGGAGUUAAUCCGUCAGGGUAAUUUGUCCACUCUGGAGGAAGUGGUGCUCCAGGGUUUUGGGGAUCGUUUACUCGGCGAGACAUCAAACGCUCCGUUGGUUCAAGAAUUUCUCGACAAAUUACCAGAUUUUAUUAGUGGCGCCAAUGACGGCACACAAAGCGAAGAGACCCUCUCGGAUAGGGCCGACUCGUCCAGCAAUGACGGCAGUAACGUGUCAUCAGUGAGGGGUCGAGUCGGCGGUGCCCUCAACUCGCCAUCGGCUCCCCGUCUGGACGUGUCGUCGGCUAACCUAAAGCGAUGGAUCCAAGAGAACAAUCUGGAGAUGUUGGAGGGGGUGGUGAUGGAGGGCUACGGCACUCGGCUUAAGGAGAAGGCCGAGUACUUUACCGACGACGACAGCGCCGACUCUAUGCUAUACAUAUCGGAAAUGGUGCCCAAAAUGAUGAACAAAAUCCGUGUGAUUCAUGCGGCCGUCUCGUGCGGUGAUCUGCUCGGCCUUCAGGACGGACUCGACGAGAAGAAUGAUUACGUUGUGGCCAAAGACCACUUGGGAAUGGCUCCCAUUCAUAAGGCGACUAUUAUGGGACACAUCGAUGUGGUUGAGUAUAUACUCGACAAGUUUCCCGAUACCGUCAACUUGAGGGACAAAGAGGGCCGAACAGCCCUUCACUACUCCGCCGCCACCACUAAUCGCAACGGCAGUAAAAUAUAUAAGAUUCUCAUCAGAGCCGGAGCUGAUCCACGGAUUAGAGAUUCCGUGAUAGAUAUUUAA